AUUUCGUUCUUGCAUUAAUAAAUUUCAUGAAUGCGAGCUUCAUACCACACGAUACCAAACAGAAAACUUGUUUCUUCACAAACAGUUUCCCGCCGGCUGACGAGGCGCGUGUCGCGUCUCUACGUUUAAAAAUUUUAAAAAUACGUUGGUACUUCUAAAACUUUUUACAAAAAAAUAUAAAGUGCAGUGAAAAAAAAGUUUUUUUUUUUUUAAAUUUAUAUUAAAUUCUAUAUUGUUUGGUUUUAAGUGUUGGGAUUAGUGGCUAAGUUGACAUAAUGCGAGAGAGCCUAAGACGGCUGGCCUCUGACGACGCAAUGGCUCCACGAUCGUGUUCCGGAAGGGUCAGAGUCGAGCUGCUCACUGGCGAUCAUAUCACCAUUGAUGUUGCUAGAAAAGCCAGCGGAGGUGAUCUCCUGGAUGCAAUUUGUGGUGAUCUAGAUAUACUAGAGAAAGAUUACUUUGGACUACUACACGUUCACCGAAGUGAUCCUCGAGUCUGGGUAGACUUGAAAAGGAGGCUCUCCAAGACCUUUAGAAAUGAGCCAUGGGAGGUGAAGAUGGCGGUAAAGUUCUACCCCCCAGAACCCUCAGAGUUAAAUGAUGAGACAUCCAGAUACCAGCUCGGGCUCGCAAUUAGGAGAGAUCUUAUAGAAGGUCGUCUCAAUUGUUCAACGAUCACAUACGCUCUGCUUGCCUCAUACGUGCUCCAAGCUGAACUGGGGGACAGAGAGGGAAGGGUAAACGUCGCGUUGCUCACAGAACACCGCGCUGUUCCUCUGCAAGUAAUCACACCAGAUUUAGAGGAUAAAGUUGAUGAACUGUAUAGAAAACACAAAGGUCAAACUCCAGCUCAAGCGGAGCUGAACUAUCUUGAGAAUGCAAAAAAACUGGCCAUGUACGGAGCUGAGCUGCAUAAUGUGAAGGAUUCAGAGGAUGUGGAAAUCGAACUCGCUGUCUGCGCGGCUGGAAUCUCCGUGUUGAGAGAUGGUUUGGUGAUGAACCGGUUCCCCUGGGCGAAGAUACUGAAGAUCAGCUACAACAAACGCACAUACACGUUGAGAUUGAGAUCCAGCGAGUUUGACGAGUUCGAAACUCACGUCAGCUUCAAGUUGGCUUCGACUCGCUCCAGCAAACGACUCUGGAGGUGCAGCGUUGAGCAUCAUAUGUUCUUCAGGCGCGAGACGCCGGUGGCGGUGGAGCGCGUGUCGGGCUGGCCGCGGCUGGGCGCGCGCCGCGUGUCGUGCCGCCGCACGCUGCGCCAGCUGCGCGAGCCCGCCGCCGCCUGACCGCUCGCCGCCCCGCCGCUGACGCUUUGUUUUUCGUAUCACUCGAGGCAUAGUCGAGCGAAAAGUAUUCGCGUAGGCGUGUAAAAACUUUAGCAUACGUAAUAAGCGCCUGCCGGUUGAUGAGGGGCAAUGAUGUAAGAUUACGAACAUGUGGACAGCAUAUUCGUGAAUGUGUGCAAACACUUGGAAACGAAAAAUUAUAAACUUUUUAAAUACUAUAUUCAAGUAGGACUUAACGAGAAUUAGACAAGAUUGUUUAGACUGCCAUAUUAUAAAUAAAUAAAUGUAAUAUCAGUUCUAUAUAAAGGUAAAAUAAAAUAGUUCUGAUAUAAUUAUACGUAAAAACCGUAGGAUAAACUCAGUGCUAAUUUACUCUAACAAACUUAUACUAAUAAAAAAGUAUUCAAAUAGCAUAUUAGUCAUUCGAGUCCAAAAUAUGCUGACUUAAAGUUUAUAAUUUAAAAUUAAUAUUUG